GCGUGGUGGCCUGGGGUGAUCCACACUGGGGUGGCGACUGUUCGGGUGAACAGGACCACCUCAAGGACGUUGAGUCCAUAGCCGCCUCGGAUGCAGCCUUCGCCGCUCUGCGCGGAGAUGGCACUGUUGUAACCUGGGGUCAUCAAAACCGUGGCGGCGACUGCCGAUACUUCAAGUCCGAGCUCUACGAUGUGCGUCAGAUUGUCGGGUCUAGCAAAGCCUUUGCAGCUCUCCGGGGCGAUGGCAAGGUAAUUUGCUGGGGCCGCCUCGAAAGUGAGUUUGAUGCUGCCAUCCACUGCCGCGAUGUCAAUGAGGAGCUGCGAGAUGUCCAACAACUGGCAGCGACGAAUCGGGCCUUCGGUGCUGUGUGCGCGGAUGGUAGUGUCUCCCCCGCUGUCCAGCAGGUCCACUUCUGCACGUGCUCAGUGUAA